GCGAGAAAAGUUGCCGCAGUUGUGCAAUGUCGUAGUUGCUGAACGAGGUACGCACCGUGCCGCCAUGAGGAUCGCAGAGCACUCAACGUCGCUGGAGGAGAACCUCCAUCAGUCCAGUUGGCAGACUGCGGUGAGAACCCCGUCCCGGAUCAACUGCAGUUGUGCACUGUGGUCGAUAGAACUGUCGUCGAUGCGGAACGAGCGGGAGGAGCAGCAGCAGGAGGAGGAGGAGGAGGAGGAGGAGAAGGAGGAGAAAGGGAGGAGGGGGAGGAGGAGAAAGGGAGGAGGGGGAGGAGGAGGAGGAAGGGCGAAGAAGGAACAUAGGGGUGAGAUGACGAACGAGUAUGCAGGCAAGAAACUGGGCUGCAAAGGAGGAGGAGGAGGAGAGGGUGGAGCAGAAGGCGGAGGGGAGACAGGCGGAUGCAGAGUAGUAGUAGUAGCAGGAGGCGGAAGGGAAGGACGAUUGGGAGAAGGAGGGGAAGGACUAGCUCGAGGAGGAGAAAGGACGAAGGGAGUCCAGACAGGUGAGAUGAUGAGCAGGGAUUCGGGCGAGGAAGUAGGCUGCAAAGGACGAGGAGGAGGAGGAGGAGGCGGAAAAGGAGAAGGAGAAGGGGGAGGAGGAGGAGAAAAAGGAGGAGGGGGAGGAGGGGAAGGAGGAGGGGGAGGAGGAGGAGAAAAAGGAGGAGGGGGAGGAGGGGAAGGAGGAGGCGCUUGCAGUUUUCCGAUCCGUGGCAUUCCGACCAAUUUGUUGGAUCGAUGGGGUCAUUCGGCCGUGUUUGCGGAGAGGGGGGCUCACGGUCCUUGUAUCCUUGUGUUUGGGGGAUUUGCGAGGGAGAAGGGGAGGGCAGAUUCUAGGUCGGCGGAUCUGAUCAUCAUAGAUCUCAAGGAUCGGACGGCGAAGAGGGUCGUCCCUGAAGGAGGAGUAGAGGGCCAGCAAGCACUGAUUUGGCCCUGCAGUCGUGUCUUACACACAGCGGAUUUCGUAAAAGAAUUGGGACAGAUGGUGUUGAUUGGAGGGAGAAAGGGACCUACCUCUCCUCUAAGCGAUGUGUAUGUCCUCCACGUGGACACCUUGACAUGGGUCUACGGAGGGCACAUCCCUGCUGACGUGGCAUGUGAAAGGGAUGGCACGACGUCCGCCGCACGAUUCCGCCACGCGUCGUCUGUAGCCGGAUCGGGAGUGUACAUUUUUGGCGGGAAAACUUCCGGAGAUCGAGCCCUUAAUGACCUCUUGAGACUGGAUGUCGGGACGAUGACGUGGCAACGUGUCAGCGUGCACGGUAGAGAAGAAGUCCCUUUGCCCCGCCACUCCCAUUCCCUCGCGUCGAUCGAUACCAGGUUGUUCCUGUUUGGAGGGAAGGCAGAGGACGGAUCGCUGCUGAAUGAUCUGUAUAUGAUGGACGUCGGACAGCGCGCCACGUCAGCAAUGCUUACGUGGCAGAGAGUGACGUGGCAGCACUCCUGCGACGUCCCGCCGCCGCCAUCGCCGAGAAUGUCGCACACCAUGUUAACUGUGGAGCCUAAUCUGUUGAUAGUAUUGGGAGGGUGCCCAGUCAGGGAGGGGAUUAGGGGUGGGGGAUUAUGCCACGUGUUCAACGCGCGAACCAGCAGAUGGUCACAUGGGUUUCCGAAUGGAGGUGAUGGGGUUCCACGUGGCGCUCUCUGGGUCCGCCACACUGCGACUUUGCUUCCAGAAAACGGCCAUGGAGAAAGGCACAUUGUGGUGUUGGGUGGAGGGGCUGCCUGCUUUGCAUUUGGCACUUUUUUCAGCCCUCCAUUCGUGAUUACUGUCGGUGGCAAAAGGAAGACACAGGAGGAGGAGGAGGAGGAGGAGGAGGGGGAGAAAGAGGAAGAAAGAGAUGAGGAACAUUGUGGUGCGGUAAGCUCGCUGGCAGAGGACAGGCUGUGGGGAGGAGGGGGUUUUGGAAACUCGGUAUCAGCUCACCAGCACGGCUAUGGCCGAUCGGACAAGUUGGGGGAAGGAGAGGCAAGCGCUGAGAGAUGGCGGACGCCUCGUGCGGAUGCCAGAGGAGGAAGAGAGAUUGAGAGAGCUCCCUCUUCUAUGGAUAAGGGGGGAGAAGAGAGAAAGGAGGAGAGAUUAAUCGACCAAGUUCAAAUGACUGUAGUAGUUGGGACAGAGGUGGUUGAUGAUGCCCACGUGGCGUCAAGGGCGUGGACCACCAAACUACUCCCCACGGCAGCUAGAGCCUCCGACUGCACUGUCGGGAUCCAGAUCGGGAUGGAACAACCUCCGUGGGGUAAGGGAGGGGAAUCGCUGUCCGAGGCUGGGUGCAAAGAGGAUAAGGAGGAGGAUGAGGAGGAGGAGGAUGAGGAGGAUGGGGAGGAGGAAGAGGAGGAGGAAGAGGAGAAGGAGGAGGAGGAAGAGGAGGAGGAGGAGAAGGAGGAGAAGGAGGAGAAGGAGGGUCCAAGGGAGUGGGCAUGGGUUUUGGUUGUCCCCAGGAAAGAGGGGAAAGGUUGUAAAGACGCUUUGAAGCUGAGGGGUUGGCUAGAUGAGAAGCGGAGAGUGGGUGCUGAAGGGGGGGGGGAGAGGAUCGUCCUCCCUGUCACGAGUGAGGGGGCAGAAUACUGGUUAAUAGAUCUCCGCCAGCGAGAGCACGAGGGAGUCGAAAGAAGGGAGGCAGAAGGGAAAGAAAAGGAAGAGGAACUGGUACAAGGGAGAGAGAGGGAACACAAGUCUGCAGCGGCAGUAGCAGAGGGUCGAGGAGCCGAGCUACCGCUCCCUUUGCGUUUCUUCUCCUGUUGUCUUGAGGAUAGAGAACAAGGUAAGAGGGACAAGAGAGGACAAGGCAAGGACAAAGAAGUCAUCGCAGAUGAGUACGGGUUAAAAUUAGUCGAAGUUGAAAAGGGGUUGCAGAGGGGGGGGGUAAGAGGAACUAAUCCUCACGAAAGGAUGAAGGUAGAUUUGGCAGAAGCGUUAAGGAGAAGGGGUAUGGAUGCAAAACCGGCUUUUUCGGACGGCCCGUGCGGAAUCCCGACAAAAUGGGAGAGACUUGGGGACAUGGUGAUCCUCCCAGCCGGUUCCUUCAAGUCCCAAGGCUGGAGAGCCUUGGGACAAGAGCUGUGGGACAUUGUUGCCAAGUGUCUAAGGGCCCAAAGGGUGGCUAUACAAGCUCGUAUUGCUGCUAAUUUGACAAGGGAUAGCAAUGUAGAACUGGUCCUAGGGGGUAAUGGAUGGGUGAGGCAUCGGGAGAACGGCAUUAUAUACGAGUUCGACGUAACGGAGUGCAUGUUUUCCUCUGGCAAUGUGACGGAGAAACACCGCAUUGCUAACUUAGACUGCAGAGGAGAGACGAUCGUAGACCUCUUCGCUGGCAUUGGCUACUUUGUGCUUCCGUAUCUGGUAAAGGCGGGAGCUUCGCAGGUCUAUGCUUGUGAGAUGAACCCUCGUUCUAUUCGAGCAUUAAGAGCUAGUUUGAAAGCCAAUGGGGUGUCACACAGAUGUGUGGUUCUAGAGGGCGACAACAGAAGGGUGGCUCCCAUUGGUGUCGCUCAUAGAGUGAAUCUAGGACUCCUACCCUCAAGUGAACUCAGUUGGGAGACAGCUGUGCGUUGCCUUAGACCUAAGGAGGGGGGGAUUCUGCAUAUCCAUGGCAAUGCCUUGGACAAAGAGGAGGAACAAUGGGCUCGAUCCGUCGUCACGAAGAUAACCCACAUUGCUCGAUCCUUAGGACGACAGCAUUGGCAUGUCCGGCUAGUGCAUUUGGAGAGGGUUAAGUGCGCCAUGGCGGGAGAAAGCGGCUUCGCCAAGAUCCUGCUUUGGAGGAAUUCAUGCCUGUUGAAGGUGUUGCUGCACGAAGUGUUGCAGGCGUCAAUGUCCCCAAAUCUCCGCGCCCUGUUGUUCCAAGGAAGGAACCUGUCUAGCUUUCUGCGUGACUUUCAAGCUUUUAGCCUUACGAAGAUGUGGGACAAGAAGGCGAUGUGGUACAUGUUCCCCUUGUUCGUUUGUGAAGGACUAAGUGAGGAGGUGUACACCCUCAUGCUGAAGUCGCAAACCUGGGAUGAGCUGGAAGUUUCUCUGAGGUUGAGGUUCCUAGAGGAUGAGGCGGAAUGCAGGCUUGGUAAGGGCUCUGAGCAGCCAGCCGAGGCCGCGUCAACGCAAGGAGAGCUGAGCGGUGUAUGCGGGCUUGGUGGUGUGCAAGGAGCUCCUGUUGUUGGACCUGCUGUUGGUUGUGCUGCCAUUGCAGUUGUUGGAGGGCCUGCACCUCGUGUUCCUGUUGCCACUGCGUCUAUGGGUGCAGCUGGCCAAGAAACUGAUGUUGGUGGUGCUGCAGCUGGUCAUGAAGUUGUUGUUGUUGCAGCUGGGUUUGUUGUUGGUGAUGCAGCUGAUCCUGCAGCUGUUUUUGCUGAUGCUCCUGGAUGAGCUGUUGUUGCUGCAGUUGUUGUUGUUGAGGCAGGUGCGGUUGUUGUUGGGGGCUAUCCUGCAACUGCAGGGGAGGUUGGCUGCCGUCUUGCUGUUUUUGCAUUUUUUCAUCAGGGUGCAAGGCAUGGUAGUCAUCUCCUUUUGGUCAUGGUCCAUCGAACAAUGCUGGCGGCUCCCGUGGUCUGCGUCGGUUUGUCGGGGCAAGCCCUCCCCUAUUGUGGGGCAGUCCGGCUGCAUCUGUUGUCAUUCGUGCAACUGCUCCGUUUCCCCAGGUCCCGAAUCAGCUUUCAUGUGGCGGGACGGCUCGUCUUCGUCCCGUUCUAUCAAUCCUUUGCUG